AUGGUGCUGAAGAGCGACAGGUGGGCGGCGCUCUUGGGCCAGGCCGGUGGCGAGGAUGAAGCCAGGCUGGUGGCGACGCCUGGCAUGCUGGAGAUCUCGUACAGCCUGCCCGCGUCCUCCUCGCCGGGGGGCGCUGGGCUGCGCAGGGAGACGAAGACCGAGAUGGUGUACCAGGACGCCACGCAGAGGGACGAGGGGCCGCGGCUGCUCGUCUCCCUGGCCUCCGUGCUGAAGCUCAAGGGGCUGUGCGAGCACGAGCACGCCAGGCACGACGAGGUCCUGGAGGCGCUGAAGGUCUGCCGCCUCAAGUACUACAAAGAGAUCAGGUGGCUCCGCGAUCAGCUCCAGCGGGCCACCGGGAACGAGGGGCAGGUGUUCUGGUUCGACCCCCAGGAGGGGGCGGACCUCGAGCCGGAAGGCACGGAGGCGGCAAUGCUGAGGGAGCUGCAUGACGCCAACGGGGCGCUGAGGGAGGAAGUCGCCGUGCUCAGCGAGGAGAACGCCAGGCUCGGCGAGAUCGUCCAGGAGAUGGCCUCCCCGGAGGUCGCGGUGCGCACCCUGCUCCGUGAGCACGGCGUCCACGAGGUCACCGUGCGGCUCCGGAAGCUGCUCUCAAGGGGGCCCGACGGCGCCGAGCUCGCCGAGGUGAUCCGCGAGCUCGCGGGGCACGACCAGGAGAUAGUGCGGUUGGAGGAAGAGCUCCAGCAGCUGAGGCAGAAGUCGCGGGACGACGAGGAGCGGUUGGCCGAGCUGCUGGUGCAGGCGGACCAGCUGCGGGCGGAGGCGCAGUCGGCGAGCAGGCGCGCCGAGCUCGAGGCGGCCCGAGUGGCCGAGGCCCAGCUGCGUGUCCAGCAGAUCGAGCUGCGCAACAAGGCCCUCAACGAAGAGAUGCUCGCUGGCCAGGCCAGCGCCGGGCCCGCACCACCACAGGGCGUCGUGGCAGCACCCUCUGAGGAGGGCGCCGAGAUCGCGCAGAUGCGCGACACGAUCUCCAGCAUGCGCCACACGAUGUCCAGCAGCACAGGGCAGCUCGCCGUGACCACCAGGCGCCUCGCCCAGACGUUCGGCAAGCUGGGGGGCCACAGCCCACGGACCGCCCCGGGCGAGGGCGCGGGCGACAGCGGCACGGCGCACGACAGCCUGGAGGAGGCCAUCCCAGGCAAUGCCAUCUCGGGUCGCCACUUGAGCGACAGGGUCCAGGACGUGCUGCGAGAGCUGAGGGACCUGCGGUCGCGGGUGGGGCGGCAGGACGCGGCGUUGUUCGGGCAGUUGGAGCAGCAGCGGGCAGAGCUGGAGGAGCUGCGGUCGGGCUGUUCGGCCCUGGCAGCUGGGCAGCGGGAGGAGGUCAGGUGGAGGGACGGCCCCGUCAAGAAGAAGAAGAAGAGGCGCAAGGGGAGCGUGAAGGGCAAGCAGAACUCCCACUCGCACCGCGAGCAGAGGGUGACGAUGGAGCUCAAGGAGUGCGAGGACUCCACCGCGAAGGACGCGACGGUGUGCCACCGCCACCUCUUCGGAGUUGCUGGCUCGGCGGGACUGGUGGUGCUGAGUAUGAGCCAGAGGGUGAUGUUGCUGACGUGGACGCCGACGGCGACGCCCGCGAACGCAGCGCCAGCGUUUCUGCACAAGGUGGCGGUCAAGCUGUACAUCCCGAAGGUGGUUUUCUUGAUAUUGGCCCUAAUCACGCUCCUGAACGCGUCGGCAUCGAUGAUGGCAGGGACGUUUCGGGCCCAGGUGCGGGUGCUGAUCGUUAUUCGGGGGGUCGUGGAAUUUGUUGGUAAUCAGUGCGAGGAGGCGGAGCAGCUAAUCGGGCUACUUUCGGCUGGCAGCAUCUCUCGCGAGGGUGCUAGAGCUGCUGAAGGCCAAGGGUGGUUCGGAGCCGGCUUCGACUACCACGUGUACUGGGUCAUAUGA